GUAUAAAUGAACUAAAUAAUAUAACUAGCUUUUCAUAUAUAUAUCUAACACAUUCGUCUCAGUUGUUUUGGUAAGAAAGUAACGGUCAAAAUAUUCUGAACGAAAAGAAAUGGCGACGACGUCUAUGAAUUCUUUCUCGUUAUCCAUGCAACAGACACCACCAGGACAUCCGUCCUUUGUCAACCUUGACCCAAAAUACACAUGUCUCAAGUGCAGAGAUAUACUAAGAGAUGCCGUACAAACACUUUGUGGACACAGAAUGUGUGAGGUGUGUGCAGCUAAGGUGUUUGAUGAGCCGCCGCCCUUUAUGUGCCCUGGGAAUGACGACACAUGUGUACCUAAUCUAAAAAAAGAAGAGAUUUUCCGAGACCCUAGUGCCAGACGUGAGAUCGCCAAACUUAGUGUGUUCUGUCCAAAUAAGGAGCAGGGUUGUACACAAGAAAUGCAAUGGAAACAACAAGAGGAGCAUAAACUGGGCUGCGAGUACACAUCUCUGCAGUGUAGCUAUGUAAAUAACGGAUGUGAAACGAGAACCAUCAAAAAGAACCUUGAGGAACAUCUACAGGGGUGUGAAUACAGAAACGUGCCAUGUUCCUACUGUAAGGAGGAUAUCAUCUUCAAUCAAAAACAGGACCAUGAAUCAAAUCAGUGUAUGAGGUACCCUAUUGCCUGUCCUAACAAUUGUGGUAUGGAGGACCGACCACGAGAAGAACUGAAGGACCAUACACCAGAUUGCCCUAACAGACCAUUUCAUUGUAAGUUUAGAAAUGUUGGCUGUGAUUUUAAAGGUUUAAAAGAAGAUGUGACGGAGCACGAACAGGGGUCAGUUGACCAUCACCUACAGUUGACCACUGUGUAUACGGCCAGUGUUGACCUCCAGAGUAUGGAGAUUCGGAGAGAACUUCAAGAUAUGUCAGAAAGUCAAGGAAAUUUCAAAAAGACCGUUGACCAGUGUCUUUCUGCAGUGACCAGCUUGAGAGAGGGAAUGGAAGCCAGGAAAAAGGCGAUUAAGGAGGUCAAGUUACAAUCUGUUGCCGUCGCCGAACGACUAAUCCACUUGGAGAGAAGAGUUGAGGAUACCGCGAGGAAAGACACGGUAGAUAAACAGGGUAACGAAAUACAGACUCUUCGAGACGGACAGACAAACCUAUCUAACAGGGUGACACGGAUCGAACAGAAUGGCCUGGGCAAUGCUGAUGGAAUGAGCGUGGGAGGUAAUGUUGGUAGCAAAUUACAGACUCAUGAAAGACAGAUUGGAUUAAUGGAUAUUCGUCUAUCUGAAUUAGACUUGAGACUUCAAAUUCAUGAAACAGCUUCUUUUAAUGGUAUGUUGAUUUGGAAAUUACGAGAUUACGCAAGAAGGAAACAAGAGGCAAGAAAUGGAAGGACUCUGUCCCUUUACAGCCAACCUUUUUAUACCAGUCAAUUUGGCUACAAAAUGUGUGCUCGUGUCUACCUCAAUGGCGACGGUAUGGGGAAAGGUACUCACGUGUCAUUGUUCUUUGUGGUGAUGAGAGGCGACUUCGACUCUCUACUUCCGUGGCCGUUCCAACAGAAGGUCACCCUGAUGUUACUUGACCAGGACACAGGAAAACAUAAAUUGUCGGACUCAUUCAAACCUGACCCUAACAGCAAUAGCUUCAGAAAACCACAGACCGAGAUGAAUAUUGCGUCAGGAUGUCCUGUAUUUGUUUCUCAGGCCGUGCUUGAAACAAAAACCUACCUCCAAGAAGAUACGUUAUUUAUUAAGAUUGAAGUAGACACGAAUGGCAUCAAUCCGCCAUAAUCUUAGAUCACCACUUAUUCUAAAACCGAUGUUGUCUAGUAGCCAUCAAGUUGUAUAAGAUAUUUAUAUAAUUCUUUGUUUGCUGGAUUAGAUUGCCUGUUUUCAUACCUCAAAGGACGACGACCUAGUCUAAGCUGUGGUUUGAUACUUUUACAUUGUAUAAGUUUACAUUGGUUUAUUAUUGUUUUAUUUGUGUUGAUUAUUUGUAUAUGAAAUACUAUACUUUUUAAAUAACCAAAGAAUAAACAGUUUUAC